AUGUCCUGCUGGAGGUAUCGCACGCGCGUGCGACACCACGCUCGCAUCGCCUCCUGCCGCGGAUUGGCGGCCUGCGAGUGCGCGAACCACACCACCCACGCGCACAGCCCCGCCCAUCCCGCCACCCACGCCGCCCCCAGCAGCGCCCUCGCCACGCCCGGCGGCACGCGGGCCGGCAAGAAACGCGCCAGCGACGACCGCAUGCGCGAGGCGACAGCAGGCGACUUUGAGCGACAGGAAUGCGACAGCGUAACGUUUGUGGAGCGACAGGAGUACGGGUCCGUCACACCUGAGGACAGGAAAGGGGCCGGGAUCAUACGGGGCUCGCAGGCAGGCGGGCAACAGUUGGGAGGAGGGCUGGGCUGCUGUGCUGGGGUGCCUGCGAAGCAAAUCUAUUCGGUCUGUCUGAAGCUGCUGCAGAGGUGGCAGCUGGUGCUGCCAACCACACCCACACUGACAGCAGUAACAACUCGUUACGAGCUGACAGCAGCAGCGUGCCUCCUGCCCUCCAGCUCCCGUGCGGCUGCCUCUACCUCAGCUUCCAUGGCCUCUGCUUCUCUCACCGCCACCUCUGCCCCUGCCACAGCUGCCACUGCUGCCAUCCGUGUCAGCUUCUGCACCCACCGCUUUUCCCUGCAGCUUCCUCUACCGCUUCCGAAUUGCUACGAGCUGACGGCAACAGCGUGCCUCCUGCCCUACAGCUCCCUAGCUGCCGCCUCUGCUGCCUCUGCUUCAGCCUCCAUGGCCUCCGCCUCUCUCACUGCCGCCUCCACCUCUGCCACUGCUGCCUCUGCCUCUGCCUCUGCUGCCAUUCGUGCCAGGUGCUGCAUCCACCGCUUCCCCUGCCACUUCCCCUGCUGCUUCCCCUGCUGCUUCCCCUGCUGCUUCCCCUGCUGCUUCCCCUGCUGCUUCCCCUGCUGCUUUCCCCUACCACUUUCAGUUUUUUACGAGCUGACAGCAGCAGCGUGCCUCCUGCCUUCCAGAUCCCGUGCUGCUGCCUCUGCUUCGGCCUCCAUGGCCUCCGCUUCUCUCAUAGCCACCUCUGCCUCUCCUACAGCUGCCUCUGCCUCUCCCAUCGCCUCUGCUGCCUUCCGUGCCAGAUGCUGCACGCACCACUUUCCCUGCCCCUUCCCCUGCGGCUUCCCCUGCCGCUUCCCCUACCGCAUCUCCUACCUCAUUUGA